AUGGCGCGGGAAUUCCUACAUUUACGGCCUAAUGAUAUAAGUGGCAUGAUCUUUGUGGAUGUGGAUCAGGAAUUGAAUACGGUUGAAGGGCUGUGGCCUGCGCCAUAUGUUGACUCUGUGGUCGACGGACUUGAUGUUUUUGACGUUCUGGGGAUAACAUCGGGGCAUAGGUUGUUGGCUGAUGAUGAAUGGCGGGAGUUGAUGAGUGUGAAAAAGCGAGAGAAAGAGGAUGAAGAAAAGGAACAUGCUAGGGUAGUGGUUGCGGAGGCUGCUAGGUAUAUUGAAAGCGGAUCUGUGCUGACGUUGAAGAAGCAACUGGACCGCUCUCAACGGAAUGCCCCUUUGCUUGGUGAUAGACCGGUGAGUGUUCUCAAGGAGGAUGCUGAGUCGUCGGAAUGCCACGGAGGAAGAGAGAAGGAAAUUCCGAAGAUGAUUGAGACGUAUGAUACAUUGGAUGAGAAGUGGCAGAGGGGAUUGUUAGGGUUGUCAAGUAAAUCGAAGUGGGUUUGUACUGAGAAGAGUGGACAUAACAUUCACUCGACUAAGCCGGAGUUGAUUGUGCAGGAGCUGAAGUGGGUAUUGGAGAACCUUAAUGAAUGGUAG